UAAAAUCCCCCCCACGUUUUUUCAAUUCUCUUUCACAAUCACCUUUUAAUUUCCUCUCUUUUCUCCCUCCCUCCCUCACUCACUCUCUCAGCUUCAACUCACCACUCACCAAUAAUCAUAAUCCCUUCUUCUCUCUCAGCUCUCUCUCUCUCUCUCUGUCUCUCUCUGUCUCUCUCUCUAUAUAUAUAUAACAACAAUAACACACCGCAAUAAACACUAAGAAGAAGAAGAAGAAGAAUGGGAGUAGAGCCACGAACACCUAGCUCUGAAACGGAAACAGAAACAGUAGAAACUGGAAGAAGCACUGCCACAUGUGCUUCACCACCAUCAACACCAACUCUCACAUCGAGCAAGAAGCGAUCAAGGCAAAGCAAUAAAAAUGACAAUGACAGGAAUGCUAACACUAACACCAAGCACCCUGUAUACAGAGGGGUCAGAAUGCGCACGUGGGGAAAAUGGGUCUCCGAAAUUCGGGAGCCACGCAAAAAGAGCCGCAUCUGGCUCGGAACCUUCGCCACCGCCGACAUGGCAGCGCGUGCACACGACGCCGCCGCUCUCACCAUCAAAGGCUCCUCCGCCAUCCUCAACUUCCCCGAACUCGCACCCUCUCUCCCCCGCCCCGCCUCCAACUCCCCCCGCGACGUCCAGGCAGCCGCCGCCAAAGCCGCCGCAAUGAUUCCCCCUCCUCCUACUCCUACUCCUACUCCUCCUCCACCGCCGGAGGAUGAAUCCUCUUCCACCACCACCACCACUACCACCUCCGAGGAUGAGGAGCUUGGCGAAAUCGUUGAGCUUCCUCCGCUUGGAAACAGCUUCGAAGUAGCUGAAGUAGAUCCGAGUGGGAUCAACGAUCUUGAUCAGUUGGUGUUCUUCGAUCCGUUUGACGGUAACUGUUACCCUUGGAAUCAGGGAAGCAUUUAUGAUGAUCAUGAUCAUGAUUGUUAUGGCUGCUUCAUUAAUCAUAACAAUAAUAAUAACAGCAGCGACAUCAUGAUGUCAAUGCUGCUCGAGUCAGAUUCUGUUCUUCCUUCUUCUCCUUCUAAUCUUUCUAUUUCUUCUUCUUCUUCUUUUUCUUCUUCCCUUCAAUGUUCUCUCUGGCAACACUAAUAAUGUUAUUGCAGUCUCAUCAUCUUUUUCUUUUUUCUUUUUUUUUUUUUUUACUUUUUCUGGUGGAAUUAACUUUAGCUCUCUUCUGUCAAUUUUGUUUUCUUUUUUUGAAGGGCUAAAUAUAUAAUAUAAUUUCUUAAUAAGAUAUAUUUUUCUGGUGGAAUUGUGUUUUAUAGUCAUAUAUAGUGUGUAUUAUAUGAGAGACUAUGGUGUGUUCUAAUAGGAGACGAGAGAAAAUUAAAAGCACUGUUUUGUACUGUGUUUAUUAUUUUUGUGAAAGAUGUUAUGAAAAUAAGAGAUAUAUAAUAAUAAUAAAUCAUCAUGCAACUACUUGCUUGUUCAUUUCAUAGAUAUAAUGUUAUUUUAAAAAAAUAUUAUAUAAUGAUGAUUUAGAUAGAGUAAAAAUUUUAUAAUUCUCCUCUUUAAUUUUUGCUUGCACUGUACUGUGUACAAUGCUAAUCUCAGAAAUAAUGUGGGUUCAAUUCAAUGGUUUUAGCUAUGAAGUAUGAACCAUAGUUGCUUGUGAUAUAGCA